AGAGCCACUGCAGGUAGAUGACCUGUGGAAAAAUACAAAGUGAAAGUAAGUUUAAUGAAUGUGAGUUUGCUGAUACUAUCGUGCUGACCUUUAAACUCUCUAAAAUUCAACCUAAGUAAUUUUUUAUUUGCUUUGCCUGUCAUUGCUAAUGAUUUUAAGAAAUUUUAAGGUGGGGCAAAGUAAUGACUAUGCCAUCCUUAGAGCCACAAUUCCAGCAGAGUUAAAGCACAGUUUUAUGAAGUUAACAAAGCUGUUAAAUCGCCAAAAAGAUUUUUUUUUCCACCAAUGCAACUAAUAUAAUACAGGCUUAAAAGCACAACUCAUGGAAAAGAUGUAGAAUAGGUAAGUACAAAGUCAAACAUUUUCUGCAGACAUAAGCACUUGAGUAAAUGUUCCUUUCCUCCUCUUCCACUAAACUCAAUCACAGAUAAAAGUUGCAAAAACACAAAUCCAAUCAGCUGUUGUAGAUUCAAAAUGUCCUCUGCAAUACCAAUGUGAAAAAAAAACCAGCAGGAAGUGAAUGACUGUGCAUCUGCAGGCCUUUCACUGACUGACCGAUGAUUGCUCCCUUCCUGGUUACCAGGGCGGACAGCGAAAACAGAGUCGAUAAUUAAAUCAGAGAAUUUUCUCCUUCAGCACUGAAGACGGUUGGGCUGAUAAUAGGGUUGCUAACUGGCAGGACAGGAAACAGCCUUUCCGCAUUCCAAGGUGGGAGAAAUUUUUUUUUGGUUUUGGUGCCCCUGCCCUGGUGCCUCACAGAGGAGCCUUCUGCAGGCAGACAUACAUGAAGUGUGUGUGAGGGGCCACUGUUCGCUUGGAUUUACCUCAGUGACCCUGGAGAGCAGUGAUGGAAAGAACAGUUCCUUUCAGCUCCAGAUGGGCAGAAAGACGAUCCACUGUGGUUUAUGCGCUGCGCGCUGCCACGUUGGGUUCAUGGAGGAUGCUCACCCUUGGAGCGGAGUACGAGGAUACCUGGUGGGUUCCAUCACCAAAGAAGAGUCGCAGUCUCGGUCAGCUGGGAGAAGAGUCGGAGCCUGUGGAGGAGCAGGACACAGGCGCUGGAGACCCGGCGGAGACGUCAUGGAGGCCGGCUGACGCCAGCACCUCCCUGAAGUAUGACGCAAUUUUACACCUGGACGGGCCGAGGAGAGCAGGAAGGAGAGAUGGCGUGCGUCAGAUCGUCAAGGAGCACGAGAUGCUGAACAGCACGCCUUGGUCCCACAGAAUGGCUCGCUUCGCAGAAGAUCUACCCACCCGCUAUGGAGGAAGCGCAGGCGGCGGAGGGAGAGGCGGACCGGGCGCUGGGAGAGGGGGAGCCCGGGGUGGUGGCGCUCCGGGUGGUCAGAGGGUGUACAAGCAGUCGAUGGCCCAGAGAGCCCGGACAAUGGCCAUUUACAACCCAAACCCUGUCAAACAAAACUGCCUCACUGUCAACCGCUCCCUCUUCAUCUUCCGCGAGGACAACCUCAUCAGGAAGUAUGCAAAGCGAAUAACAGAGUGGCCUCCAUUUGAGUACAUGAUCCUGGCUACAAUUAUUGCCAACUGCAUCGUCCUGGCCCUGGAGCAGCAUCUACCUGCCAGCGACAAGACACCCAUGUCAGAACGUCUGGACGACACAGAGCCCUACUUUAUUGGAAUAUUCUGUUUUGAGGCUGCCAUUAAGAUCAUCGCCCUGGGCUUUGCAUUUCACAAAGGCUCCUACCUCCGCAACGGCUGGAAUGUAAUGGACUUCGUGGUCGUCCUCACGGGAAUCCUGGCCACAGUGGGCUCAGACUUUGACCUGCGAACACUGCGAGCGGUGAGAGUGCUGAGACCCCUCAAACUUGUGUCAGGAAUCCCCAGUCUCCAGGUGGUUUUGAAGUCCAUAAUGAAAGCCAUGGUUCCUCUGCUUCAGAUCGGCCUGCUGCUUUUCUUUGCCAUUGUCAUGUUUGCCAUCAUCGGGGUGGAGUUUUACAUGGGAAAAUUCCACACCACCUGCUUCUGGAUAGACACUGGUGAGAGAGCAACAGACUGGCCUUGUGGUCUGGAGCCACCAGCCAGAACAUGUCCCAAUGGAACCCAAUGCAGAGAGUACUGGACUGGACCCAACUUUGGUAUCACCAACUUUGACAACAUCCUGUUUGCAGUGCUUACUGUGUUCCAGUGCAUCACCAUGGAAGGCUGGGUUGACAUCCUCUACAGUACCAAUGAUGUAGCAGGAAACACCUGGAACUGGCUCUACUUCAUCCCUCUCAUCAUCAUCGGCUCCUUCUUCAUGCUGAACCUCGUGCUGGGUGUCCUGUCAGGAGAAUUUGCCAAAGAGAGAGAACGUGUGGAGAAGAGGCAGGAGUUCCUGAAGCUUCGGAGGCAGCAGCAGAUCGAGAGGGAGCUCACCGGAUACUUGGAGUGGAUCUGCAAAGCAGAGGAGGUGUUGCUGGAGGAGGAGGAUGAGAUUGCAGAGGAGAAGUCCCCGCUGGAUGGUGCGUGGUACAAGAGGAAACAAAACCUUCCAGUCCUGAAACGAGGCAAAGCCAAGAAAGGUAAAAACGACCUGAUCAGCGCAGAGGAGGGGGAGGAUCCGUUUGCCGACAUCUCCUCUGUUGCUCCUCCGGGCUCUCCGUUUGGUCGGGCCAGUGUGAAAAGUGGCAGUAAGAUGGACAGUUCCUCUUACUUUCGGCGCAAGGAGAAGAGGAUUCGGUUCUUCAUCCGCCGCAUGGUGAAAGCUCAGAGCUUCUACUGGAUUGUUUUGUGUGUGGUGGGCCUCAAUACUCUAUGUGUGGCCAUUGUCCACUAUGACCAGCCUGAGUGGCUUACAAGGGCACUCUAUACAACAGAGUUUGUGUUCUUGGGUUUGUUUCUAACUGAGAUGACCUUGAAGAUGUAUGGCCUCGGAGUGAGGAAUUAUUUUCACUCGUCCUUUAACUGCUUUGACUUUGGGGUGAUUGUGGGGAGCAUUUGCGAGGUGAUCUGGGACAUAAUUAAACCAGGCGCAUCAUUUGGUAUCAGUGUGUUGAGAGCCUUGCGACUGCUCAGGAUAUUCAAAGUCACCAAAUAUUGGAACUCGUUGAGGAACCUUGUUGUGUCCCUCCUCAAUUCCAUGAAGUCCAUCAUCAGCUUGCUCUUCCUCCUCUUCCUCUUCAUUGUGGUCUUCGCUCUGCUGGGCAUGCAGCUCUUUGGAGGACAGUUUAACUUUGAAGAUGAGACACCAACGACAAACUUUGAUACCUUCCCAGCAGCCAUCCUCACCGUGUUCCAGAUUCUGACUGGCGAGGACUGGAACGCCGUCAUGUACCACGGGAUUGAGUCUCAGGGAGGGGUUCGCCGCGGCAUGUUUUCCUCGGUCUACUUCAUCGUGCUCACGCUCUUUGGAAACUACACCCUCCUAAAUGUCUUCUUGGCCAUCGCUGUCGAUAACCUUGCAAAUGCACAGGAACUGACCAAGGAUGAAGAGGAGCAGGAGGAGGCAGCCAAUAAAAAGCUUGCCCUGCAGAAGGCUAUGGAGGUGAAGGAAGUCAGUCCGAUGUCAGCAGCCAACAUCUCAAUCGCUGCUUUUGUAAAGCAAAAUCGAGAUGCACUCUCUCGCAGGUCGUCCAUCAACAGCGUUCAGUCACCUAAGGAGCAGCAGCGGUCAGCAAAGACCAUGUCAGUGUGGGAGCAGAGGACCAACCAGCUGAGGAGGCACAACCUGAGGGCAAGCAGUGAGGCCUUGUUCAAUGAACUGGACCCUGAGGAGCGCCGCCGAAUGUCCUCUGCUCUCCAUCUGCAUCCUGACAUGAAGACUCACCUGGACCGGCCACUUGUUGUGGAGGCCAGGGACUCAGAGAAAUCCAUCAGGCCUCCUGACGAACGGGAGGAGGCCGGGGACGGGCACACCAGGAAGCAUCACAGGCACCGGGAGAAGAAUGGGGAGAACAGGGAAGGAGGAGACAGCCGGGGAGGGAGGCACCACACCCAUCACAGCCGGAGCAGAGAUCACAACACUGACAGUGCCCAGUCGAAAGAGAGGAGAACAGAGAGGAGCCAUGGCCACGAUGGAGGGCAGGGUCACAGGCACCACCACCAGGCUGGCUCUCCUGAGGAGGAGGCCAAUGACAUGCGAGGGGGAGGAGGAGAAGAACAGGGGCAUCGCCACCAUCACUCCCAUCGUCCACCAAAAGAAGGAAAUGGGAUGAUAGCGAAUGGACAGGGAGACCGCAGAGGGAAGGGGGGAGGAGGAGGGGACAGUAAUGGAGAGAGGAGGGGACGCUGCUCUCGUAUGGUCAGAGCUCAGUCUACACUGGAUGGAGAUGACUGCAAGAGGAAUAAGAAUGGAACCAAAGCUCACUGGGAGAGGCAGCCAGAUGAUGAGGAGGAUGGCCUCGCCUCCAGUCCUCUGCAGGCAAUGCGGAGUAGCCUGAGUCUUGGAGAAAAGCAAGAAGAUGCUGACAACCAGAAGAACUCCACCAGGGCCAGUCAGGCUGGGCUCAAUAGCAACGCCAUCCACAUCCCUGUCACCAUCACUGCUCCGCCUGGAGAAACCACCAUCAUACCCAUGAACAACAUUGACUGCGACAACUUCCAACUCAGUGACGAGAAGAAAGAUCUGGAGGAGGAGGAGGAGGAGGCGACUAAUGGACCUCGGCAGAUCCUCCCCUACAGCUCCAUGUUCAUCUUUGGGCAAACAAACCCGGUGCGACGGCUGUGUCAUUACGUGGUCAACCUACGCUACUUUGAGAUGUGCAUCUUGAUGGUCAUAACCAUGAGCAGCAUCGCUCUGGCAGCUGAGGACCCUGUGCAAGCCAACGCACCGCGCAACAACGUUCUCAAGUACCUGGAUUACGUCUUUACUGGAGUCUUCACUUUUGAGAUGGUAAUUAAGAUGAUUGACUUGGGACUGCUCCUCCAUCCUGGGUCUUAUUUUCGUGACCUGUGGAACAUUCUGGACUUCAUUGUGGUCAGCGGAGCUCUGGUGGCCUUUGCCUGCUCAGGGACGAAAGGCAAGGACAUCAACACCAUCAAGUCCCUGAGGGUCCUCCGGGUCCUGCGGCCACUCAAGACCAUUAAACGGCUGCCGAAGCUGAAGGCGGUGUUCGACUGUGUUGUAAACUCUCUGAAGAACGUUCUUAACAUCCUCAUCGUCUACAUCCUCUUCAUGUUCAUCUUUGCUGUUAUCGCUGUGCAGCUCUUUAAGGGCAAAUUCUUCUAUUGCACUGAUGAGUCCAAGGGUCUGGAGAAAGACUGCAGGGGUCAUUUUCUGGACUAUGACAAGGAUGAGGUGACAGCUCAGCCCAGAGAGUGGAAGAAAUACGAGUUCCACUACGACAACGUUCUCUGGGCCUUCCUAACGCUCUUCACUGUCUCCACUGGAGAAGGCUGGCCGGUGGUCUUGAAGCACUCUGUGGAUGCCACUUAUGAGGACCAGGGUCCCAACCCAGGCUUCCGCAUGGAGACGUCCAUCUUUUAUGUGGUCUACUUUGUGGUGUUUCCCUUCUUCUUUGUCAACAUAUUCGUGGCUUUGAUCAUCAUCACCUUCCAGGAGCAGGGAGACAAGGCCAUGGCAGAGUGUAGCCUGGAGAAGAAUGAGAGGGCUUGUAUUGACUUUGCCAUCAACGCGAAGCCGCUGACGAGAUACAUGCCAGAGAACAAGCAGUCCUUCCAGUAUAAGAUGUGGAAGUUUGUGGUGUCGCCUCCAUUCGAAUACGCCAUCAUGACUUUAAUCGCCCUCAACACAGUCGUGCUGAUGAUGAAGUUCUAUGGAGCUCCAGAUCUGUACGAGUCCAUGCUGAAAUACCUAAACAUCGUUUUCACAGCCCUCUUCACGCUGGAGUGCAUCCUCAAGAUUAUUGCGUUCGGUCCACUGAACUACCUGAAGGCAGCCUGGAAUGUGUUUGACUUUGUGACUGUGCUUGGAAGCAUCACAGACAUCUUGGUCACAGAGAUUAAGGACAAGAUGAUCAACCUGAGUUUCCUGAGGCUGUUCAGAGCGGCUCGUCUCAUCAAGCUGCUGCGGCAGGGCUACACCAUCCGCAUCCUACUCUGGACCUUCGUUCAGUCCUUCAAGGCUCUGCCAUAUGUCUGUCUGCUCAUCGCCAUGCUGUUCUUCAUCUAUGCCAUCAUUGGAAUGCAGGUGUUUGGAAACAUUGAGCUGAUUGAGGAGACUGCAAUAAAUCAUCACAACAACUUCCAGACCUUUUUCCAGGCCUUGACUCUUCUUUUCAGGAGUGCGACAGGCGAAGCUUGGCAUGAGAUCAUGUUAGCGUGUCUCAGUAACCGGCCCUGUGAUAAGCUCUCAGGAACUGUAGGGAAGGAGUGUGGAAGUGACUUUGCCUACUUCUACUUUGUCUCCUUCAUCUUCCUCUGCUCCUUCCUGAUGUUGAACCUCUUUGUCGCUGUCAUCAUGGACAACUUUGAGUACCUGACCAGGGAUGCCUCCAUCCUGGGGCCCCAUCACCUAGAUGAAUUCAUCCGCGUGUGGGCAGAGUAUGACCCUGCUGCCUGCGGCCGCAUGACUUACCGCGAUAUGUACGAGAUGCUCCGUGACAUGUCCCCUCCACUAGGUUUGGGAAAGAAAUGUCCCCCCCGAGUCGCCUAUAAGCGACUGGUGAAGAUGAACAUGCCCAUUGCAGAUGACAACACGGUACACUUCACCUCCACACUGAUGGCCCUUAUUCGCACGGCCCUGGAGAUCAAACUGGCAUCUGGGGUCCUGGCACAGCGUUUGAGCGAUGCUGAUCUGAAGAGGGAGAUAAACCGAGUCUGGCCCAACCUGUCACAGAAGACUGUCGACCUGCUGGUGACGCCACAUAAAUACAAUGAGCUGACUGUGGGGAAAGUCUAUGCAGCUCUAAUGAUCUUUGACUACUAUAAGCAGAAUCGUGCCAAGAGACUCCAGCAGCAGCAGUCAUCGGGGGGUCCUCAGAGUAAACUGGGGGCGUUGUUCCGUCCUGUGCUGCCCCUCACUCACAUUCUGGAAGUAGAACCGCCGUUCUCCAGCCCCAAACAUCCCUUCCCACCGCAGCCUGAGACAGAGGUGAAGCCAGAGGCGCUGACCACCACCACCACCACAACUGCCACCACUGCCACCUCAGUCAGGGACACAAUACUAAGUCAGAGGAGUACCAUAAAACAUUCCCAGUCUGGAGAUGUUUCUCAGGCAGCACAGAGGCCCAAAGGUCGAAGAAAACUACAGAGAGGCCAGUCAGAGGAUGUGCCGUAUUCCACAAGACCUCAGGAAUUGGUUGAACUGAAGGAGGUGGAGAACAUUUCAGACACAGAAGGAUAUCCAAGCCUGGAAGGCCACAGCAGAGCAGCUUCUCUGCCCCGACUCAACGCUGAGUACUACCGGAGCCACCCUCGCCACGCCCCCGGGACCCACCUGGCACCGAUUGUCGACCUUAGUCCUAUUAAACGCUCAGCAUCCUCGCUGACGCAGCACCACCACCAGGAGGUUGGGCUGAAGGAGUAUGACCUGGAACGGCCCAGCUUGGCCCAGUCCUCAACUGGGCCAGGCCAUAUCCAGGGCCAGGACAGAGCCCAUCACCACCACCACCACCACCGCUGCCAUCGACGCAGGGACAAGGACAGAGACAAGAAGCAAAAGUCCUUGGACAGAGCUGCAUCAGUGCAACCAUCCAGCACCGUUGGUGAGGAAAAAACAACAAGAUCGUUCACUGACCCUUCAGCUGAAGGUUUGUCCAGGGAAAGAGCGAGGGAGCGGGACCGCAGCCGGCCUCAUGAGAGGAGGCACCACUCCUCAGCAGGAGAGAAGCAGCGCUACUACUCCUGUGAGCGUUACGGCAGCAGGGAACAGUGUCACACCAAGUCAGCCGGUCCGAGUCGAUCCACAUCUCCCGGAGAGGGACAGGACACCGGCUUGGUCAAACAGCAUGGUAGCACUGUGGUGAAAGCUGGCCCCGUAACGCUUCCUUCUGGUUCGAGCACCCCAGGCCGUGGUCGCAGGCAGCUGCCGCAGACGCCCCUCACCCCUCGCCCUGCCGUGGCCUACAAGACGGCAAACUCUUCACCUCUCCCGUCCGGUGCGAGCGCCACAACGACGGGGCAACAGACUCGCUUCAGCCGUGGCCUUUCAGAGCAUGAUCGCUUAUUAGCUGGCCAUGAGGAGUUACAGAUGCCGGUAACCCGCAUCGGUUCGGACCCUAAUUUAAACCGGCAGCCAGAGGUCCCUCCUCAACAGGCCCCCUUUGAAGAGACAGAGGACUUCCAGGACACUGUGAGCAGCCACGCAGCGGGACGCUCUGCCAGAACCACAACCACCUCCCCCACAACUUCAGCUUCACAUGGAAAUGCUGCUGUGCCAGUCACAGCGCCCGCCACACAGGGCCGGGCGGGAGUAGUGCCCAAUGGGUACCACUUCACCCUCGGGGUCAACUCUGCAUCCGGGCCUGGGAGCCGAGGAACAGGAAGUCUCAGGGAGCGAGAGGAAGAGGACUGGUGCUAAUGUGACAAAAAAAACUGAGGAUGGGGUAGCUUAUCAGUGUUGUACAGCUCUCAUAUCAGGUCCAGUGAGCUGACUGGAGGCCAGUGGAUUAAUACAGAAGGAAAGAUACUGAAGAAAAAGAAAGUGCUGUAAAAGGGGAUCAGAAAUCAUUCCAGCUUUGUCUUGUUACUCUCCAUUUUUAUACAACAAAAUCUUUAAGGAAAAAAGACACUGAGGACUUUUUCUACCCCCCUUACUUGCACUGAAAUUAUAGCACAUGUGAAGACCCUUAAGUAUUUUUGCCUUGGCCAGUAAAACCAGUGUUGGAGCAGAAGACAAAAGCCAAAAUCUCCUCAUUUUUCGAGUGAAGCUAUGAACGGUGUUUCAGACUGAUCUGAAUGCCUAAUUCCUGCUAUCAAUAUGGUUGCUAGCAACACUGUUUUUAUUUUUGUAUGUUUCAUUUUCUUUAUGUUUGUCAUGUAGGCGGGAGGAAAGUUUCAACUUGAUCAUAUUGAUGCUAUCACCAAAUUAUUUUCAUAUCUUUUGAUUUUUUUUUUCCUUGGUCACCAAAUUCCAACCAGAUCUUAGAAAAACAAAUUGAUUUAGGUCCUAAACUUCCGUCAUGACACCCAACAGACACCAUGAGUAAGGUGACAAAAAUUAAACUAUUGUCUGGGCUGUAACAGACCUGGAUCCAAGUUUUCAGAACACAUUUUUGUAAAUUGUACCAGAUGUAAAUUUUCUGAGUGCAUGUAGGGACUAGAUAUCUCUUUUUUGACAUUAUGUGGCUAAAUACUAAGUGCCUCAUUUUUCCAAGAUGUAUUAAGAUGCAGUCUGGUCAGAUAACUUAAACAUACAGUAGAAGAUGUAAGUAUGUCCACAGGAGAGAAAAGGCAUAGAGAACAAAGUUCAAAUCUGGUAUAAUGGAAAAGAAAGAAAGAAAAAAAGAAAAAAAGGAAACCUUUUUGUACUGAAUUUUGUGGUAGUAAUUCAGAAUUACAGAUCCAAAGUAAGCAAUGUAGUGCAUGCCAGGAUCUUGUCAAAAAAUUAGCAUCUGUAUUUUUGCUUCAGGGUGUGUGGUAAGCAUUUGCCUUUCUCAUUCAAAUAUACUGCCAGUAGAAAAGGUCUCUGAAUGGAGAAAAGUGCCAUGUUUUGAUUUCUAAUCAAAAAAAAAAAACUUCUCAUGUUCAGAAACACUUGCGUCCUCGAGCAGUAUCUCAUCUGCCAUAUUUGCCCAGCUUUCAUGGGUUUCCUGUCUUCUUAUCUCAUUCCUCUGAGAACAGUAUUGUGUGAGGGCCUGUAGGCGAGGUUACCUGUUUGUAUGUUCACAGGUACAAUAAAGAGUUGUAUUGUUGCUGCUGACUGUUGACUCAAAGUAGGGCUAUGCAACAAGACGACACUUCAUCUGCCCUGUAGCUUUACCCUCUGGAAUCUCCAGGUUCAGGCUUUAGUGUGACUGCGACCAAAUUUUACAUGUAAGUAUAAAGAGUUGUAAAUAGUAUUAUAUCAUGUAUAGUUAACUGAGAAAAACACUGAGGCACAAAUGGUAUCCAUGCUGAUAUGUGAAUCACAGGGCAUUUUUGAGUUGUCAAGGUAAUUGCAUGAAGCCUGACCAGAUAAAACCACCCAAAAUAUAAAACGGUGUUCCUUCCAGACUUGGGUUAAGUUGUAUUUUUGAAUAAUUUUUAGUGGUUUUUAAAUUUGCUUGGGAAAAGGGAGAGAUAAAUAGGAUUAAUAAAGUGGUUUUACUGUGAAGUAUUCUGUCACUAACAUUUUUGUGUCAUUAUUAGAGCUCGACGCAAGCCUGAAUCAAUUUUGCAAACGUUCCUUAGAGUAGUUAAAUACUGCAUGACUGGGAACUAUUUUCAGCAACAGAAUUUAAUGCUCUGAGUGUCUUUAUGGGAAGCAAGAUGGAUUUAUCAAAAUAAACCACAACGUGUGUGUGUCCAUGGAAGUGAGGGAGCAUGUCACCCAGUUGUAACAGUAUGACUCAGUGGUGUGUUGUUAACGGUUUUUAGAACAAUGGGGCUCUACAGCACAGAGGACAGCUUCUUUAGUCAGGCUUUGUAUACAGACAAUACAUGUCAGCAAGAUCAAUUGUAGUUUUGUUUGUGUUUUUCUUUCACGGGAGUAAAUAAGUGUUGACCUUUAAAACACAUGAUACAGUAGACUGACAGAAAACCUUCAGAUUUAAAUGGGAUUAGGUAAUUGCACAUAGUUAAGAUCUUUUGGUGCAGAUCCAGGAUUUAUUAGAAUUCUGAAUUACGAAAUUUGAAAAAUUGAGCUGAUAGGCUUAUUCCAAUACAAACUACAGAUUAGAUUAACAUAGACAUCCUGGGGUCUAACGGAGCUUUUUGUUUUGUAGUGCUUUACUCUGAGCAAGUUUACUAACAUGAAGAUUAUUUGCAAAUAUUGUUUGAUCCAAGCCGGAUUGUUUCCUUGUGUUUUCAGUUUGGUUCCUGUUGUCUCAUAUUUGCGCAAUCUAUUCGACUGGUCAUCUAAAAGAGAAACAUUUUAAAGCAGUAAGGUCUAGAUUCAAACGUGGCUCCAGGUUGUUUGUCGUCUUACGUUUCUACGCUAGAUUAAAGAAAAAAGAUCAUUCUCAGACCUCCAACAAGCACUACAGUAUGUGAACAGGGUGCCAAGUUUUUCCUCUUUCAGUUUCAUUAUGGCUGCCCCCUUCUGGACAUGUCCUGUUUGCAUGUUCUGAAAUCAAAAUGUGCAUGUGCGAAAAAACAAAAAAAACAAACCAAAAAAAGAUAGAGAGAGAGAGAGAUUGUUUGACUUCAUCCAGUCCAUGAUUUGUACUAUUUGUUUCCUGGUUAUUAUCUAAACACACGAUGUAUCUGUUUCAGGUAAUGAAAAGAGAGAAAAAAAUGACAUGAGCUUGAAUAACACAGGAUCACAGAGUGAUUCCACCAAAGUGGAAACAAGGAUCUUUCCCAGAAAAGACUUUCUGAAGUGGCUGAAUCCUUCGCUGCCUGAUCUGUUACUUGACUGUCUCUCCCACAGUCAUUUCGACUGAUUUUGUAUGAAUAUCAGUUCUUGAAUAAAGAGGUAUGAUUAUGAAAAUGAUGUAGAUCACUGAAAUGUCUCGUGAUUAGGUUUGGGUUUUCAUUA